CUCUUGGUCGCAUAUAUCCCCCCUCUCCCUCGCUUUGCUCUCUCUCUCCCUCUCUCCCUCUCGCUCGCUCUCCCCCCCUCAUCCUCAACAAUGACUGCCUCCAAGUUCGCACCCAUGCCCAACGCCGAGGGCUACUUUGGCGCCUACGGCGGCCAGCUCGUGCCCCCGCACCUCAAGAAGGCCAUGGACGACAUCGCCGUCGCCUACGAGCAGAUCACCAAGACCAAGGAGUUCCAGGACGAGCUCGCCGAGCUCAAUGCCACGUACACCGGCCGCCCGUCGCCCAUCUUCCACUGCCGCCGCUUGAGCCAGAAGCUCGGCGGCGCCCAGAUCUACCUCAAGCGCGAGGACCUCAACCACACCGGCGCGCACAAGAUCAACCACUGCCUCGGCGAGGCCCUCCUCGCCAAGUUCAUGGGCAAGAAGAAGGUCAUCGCCGAGACCGGCGCGGGCCAGCACGGCGUCGCGCUUGCGACCGCCUGCGCCCUCGUCGGCAUCCCCUGCGAGAUCUACAUGGGCCAGGUCGACAUUGAGAAGGAGGCCCCCAACGUCACCAAGAUGAAGAUUCUCGGGUGCAACCUCAUCCCCGUGACCCGUGGCCAGGCGACCCUCAAGGACGCUGUCGACGACGCGUUCGACGAGUACCUCAAGGACCCCGAGAACUUUAUCUACGCCAUUGGGUCUGUUGUCGGCCCCCACCCCUUCCCCGCAAUGGUGCGCGACUUCCAGUCCGUCAUCGGCAAGGAGGCCCGCCAGCAGUUUCAGGACAAGCACGGCAAGCUUCCCGAGCACGUCGUCGCGUGCGUCGGCGGCGGCUCCAACGCCAUGGGCAUGUUCACUGCUUUCCUCGAGGACGACGGCGUGCACCUCGUCGGUGUCGAGCCCGCGGGUCUCUCGCUCGAAGAGGAGGGCCAGCAUGCCGCCACGCUCACCAAGGGCAAGCCCGGCGCGCUCCAUGGUAUGGCCUGCUACGUCCUCGAAGACAAGGACGGCAACCCCUCGCCCGUGUACUCGUGCGCCUCGGGUCUCGACUACCCCGGCAUCGGGCCGCAGCACUCGUACCUCAAGGACGUGGGGCGUGUCGACUACCAGAGCGCGAGCGACAAGGAGACACUCGACGCGUUCAUGGAGCUGUCCCGCGUCGAAGGUAUUAUCCCUGCACUUGAGAGCUCGCACGCUGUCGCGUGGGCGAUCCGCAUCGCGCCCACGCUCCCCAAGGACGAGGCUAUCCUCGUCAACCUCUCUGGUCGUGGUGACAAGGACGCGGCGUGGGUUCUGGAGCACUUGAAGCUGUAACGUUGGGACAUUGGGACGUUGGGACGUUGGGACGACGAGGGAAUUAUUGUACAUGGCGCUCAAGUAGAGCGGGCUGGGCAGGAUGGAUGAUCAUGGCAGUAUCGAGC